AUGAUCAUAUCCGCAAUACUUAUUGGCAUCAUCGGCCUUUCCCCCGGUGCUUGGGCUGCCAAUGCUCAUUUACCAUAUUUGCAGCAUGCCGAUUCGAAAUUUAAAAUUGUGGCUAUUUGUAACUUUUCUGUAGACAAUGCGGCAAAGAGUGCCAAGGAUCUUGGUUUGGGAAAGGAAGUCAGGGUUUACGGUGAUGUACAAGACAUCGCCAAUGAUGAAGAUGUAGAUCUUGUUGUAUGCACUACUCGAGUUGACCGUCACUAUGCAUCCAUUAUGCCUCCUCUAAAGGCCGGCAAGAACGUCUUUGUCGAGUGGCCGCUGGGAAAGAAUCUUGAGGAGGCGAGGGAACUUCUCGAGGUGUCCAAACAAAACAAGGUGAAGCUCACUGCAGUCGGGCUUCAAGGCCACUUUGAUGCUUCUGUCGAAACUCUGAAAAGGGUAUUGGCAGAGGGAAGAAUUGGCAAGGUUCUUAGCACCACAAUCUUCGGUCAAGGAGUGAUUGGAGGACAAACAGAGUUGGAGACUCAAACGUAUCUAUCUGACUGUAAAACUGGUGCAUCAUUACUCACGAUUCCGGCCUCACAUUUACUCGAUACAGUCAGAGAAGUCCUUGGUGAGUUAUCAAGCGUCGAGUCUCUUAUUUCGAACCAACGUCCAGUUAUCAAAGUCGUUUCAGCCGACGGCACCGUUGUCAAAGAGAAUUUCGAGAAAACCUCUCCAGACCAUGUCAUGAUCCAAGGUACACUUGAGUCAGGAGCAGUCCUUUCAGCGACCAUUCGAGGUGGAGCACCUUUUAAGGAAGUCCUGCGCUUGAGUGGAAUAUCUAUGGCUAGAAGGGGGAGAUUAGGAUCAGGGGUUGAAACCAUUGAGCUUGAGAAGGGAAGUUUUGCUAAAAUGGCCCCGAUCAACAGGAAUGUGGCUCGUGUGUAUGACGCAAUCGCGGCAGGUGAUAAGACAAUUUUGUGUGAUUUUGAAAAUGCCGUGAAAAGGCAUGAGUUCAUUGAUGACACCCACAAGUAG